AUGGAGUUCAAGCACUACGUCUGCUUUGUCACCGAGCUGUGCGAGGGCGGCGACCUGCUCGACAAGAUCAACGGCCAGAAGUUCAUCCCGGAGGCCGACGCGAAGCUCAUCUUCCGCCAGCUCGUCGAGGCGCUUUCGUACCUGAUCGAGCGCGAGAUCGUGCACCGGGACAUCAAAUGCGAGAACAUCUUCCUCGACAAGCACGGCAACGUCAAGCUGGGCGACUUUGGCUUCGCGCGCUACCUGCGCGUCGGCGAGAAGUCGAGCACAUACUGCGGCUCCCGUGCGUACGUGGCGCCCGAGAUUUUGCGCUCCGUCGAGUACACGGGGCACACGGUGGACAUCUGGAGCGCGGGGGUCGUCCUGUUCGUGAUGCUGACCGGGAUGAUGCCGUUCAACGACAAGAAGGUGCCCGCCAUGGUCAACCAGCAGCUGCAGCACCGAAUUCGGUUCCCCAAGCAGCCGGUGCUGUCGCUGGAGGCAUGCACGCUCAUCUUCGAGAUUCUGCACCCGCACCCCCACUCACGGCCCACCUGCCACCAGAUGAAGAACUCGGAGUGGCUGAAGAAGACCACGUACACGAUGAAGGGGCCAAAGGUAUCGUCGCGGAAUGCGGUCAACCCGGCUGGGGCAGCCGUCAGAG